AUGGAUCAGUCUAGCUCUAAAGUGGCAUACGUGAGGAUAGACAACCUACCUCCGGGCAAAACCUGGCGUCAAGUUAAAUACAUGGUCGGCGGGUUGAUACAUCACACGUCGAUUUUACAGGUCAAAAUGCUGCCUCCAGUGCAAUCCAUAGUUCCGCCCUUCAUGCCAUUUCAAAGCUGCAUCGUUUCUCUGAAACGCUCAGACGCUCAAUUGAACCGUCUUCUUAUCGACCUGAACGGAUAUACGUGGGAUUAUUACCGACUCAUGGCGUAUGCUGUUCCGCCUUUACAUGCACCCAACAAUGCUGCUUUUUUAGCCGCGCCAAGCACGGGGAUGGAUCAACUCAGCCCUCCCACAUCUGUACAAAGCUCAACUGCAACACCUGUACCACCACCCUCAGCCCACCUGAUGAUGCCUUUCGCGCCCAUGCCUCCGAUGUACUAUCCUACUUCCAGGUCACAGCCAUAUUCUCAGGACAGCUACCUUCGACAGCAAAACAAUCAGUAUGGAAAGAAAAUGCGACAGGUUUUCAGUGAAGAAAGCUUUCGUCGGCAAAUGAGUGCAAGAGGCAUGCACCAAUUAUCAUUAGGCGGAUUUCCGCCCUGCUUGCAUUGGGACGUUAAUGGAAAUUAUGGAAUGGUGUCUCAAGAGUCAGGCUCAUCCACAGACAUGCCUACCAUACACAUCAAGACCGCUCAUCCUGAAUACUUUGGGAAGUUGAAAUGGACAGUUUUGAAAGAUUUCAUAAAGCUGAAGUGCCAGAGGCUACUAAUGAUGGAAACAUCUGGUGCUGCAGCCAAUACCCGGGAGUUUUACGUGGGCGUUUAUGAAGAUGCAGAGACAGCAGUAGACGUUGAAGUUUUGGACUCGACGUCAGACUCUGGUUCCACAUACAGCCAUUCAGAUCGCGUUGAGGACAACGUACCCGACAAUGUACCCGUUCAAGAAAACGAAAUCACUAAGGAAGAUAUCAAUGAAGCUGCUCAUGGUUUGGAAGCAUUGUCAUUAGGACCUACUCGCCGCGUUGUUUCAGCAACUAUCUACAAAGCCAUAGUGGGAUUCCAUUCACGAGAGCUUUGCGAUCUAUGCAGAGAUAGCCUUCAGGAUCAGGAAUAUUCGCUGGGCUAUAAAUUAACAGUAAAUGAGCUUCCGCCAUUGGAAUGGUAA